UUUUAAUCAGGUUGUGUAAGCCUCCCGCAAAAAAUAAGAACAUGUGAAAUAACUGUAUUAUGCAGUAUAUUUUAAAAUGGAUACAAAGUAAAGACACUUUAGGUUUCCUUUGCCUUGCUCAUACAGGUACUCUUAAUGUGUUACUUGAUAAGUACAUAAGACUGGUAUGCAAUACUGGCGUAUUCAUCACAUAUGUAGGAUUUGAAAAGAUCGCACCAAUCUUUAUUAAUAUUGUGACCUUACUUCCUGCUUUGCUCCAGUCACUACUUAUAGGAGCGUUUUUUUAGGGAAGGACAGUCUCAAAGAAUGGAUUGUUUAUGUUGGGUCCCAUUUGUCUUGCGUUACGUUAUGCCCCUCUAAGUAAUUGCAAUUGUAAUGGUUUUACAGAGAGGAUCAUCUGUAGUUUUCAAUUUAGAGUGGCAAGUUAAGGUAGACUGUUUUUCCUUCAAAUUAAACAUACAUUUGAAAACUUUUGUCUUGCUUUGAUGAGGAUGAUUACACCUAGCAUCACAAGUCUUCUCCUCCCCGGAGGAUGCAGAUCUGGAUUCAUUAUACUGCAGCUCAUUAGGCCACUCAAGAAAUUCAUAUUUACAUCUACACAAAAACUAAAAAAAACUAAAUCAAAGCAAGAGUUUUGGAAUAACAUCAACACAUUCAGUAAUAUGUUGCAAAUUAUCUAAAGUAGAAGAGAGAAUUUGUUAUUCCUUGUAAAAAUGUCAUGGCUCAAAACUCAAAAUACAGAGUUGUUUACUUGUAUCUACUUGUGUCAAGGUUUCGCUAUGAUAUGGGUGUUUUUAAGCAAGUGUUUCUCAGGUAACUGGAUGUAAAUAUAAACCUUCAGUCAAAGGCGUUUUGGAAAAACACAACAUUAAUUCCUCCGGUAAAAUCACUUUGAAAAUCGAAACGCAAAUCUUGCAAAUCAAAUAGUUUUCACGAUCUAAAGAGCGUCAGCACCUCUGAAGAGGGAAACAGAAAAAUGUAGAAUAAUGGCAGCAGGAUUUGCUUACUGUUGCACUGUGGUUUCUGUCAGUAUGCAGAAAGAGUAAGAGCCUAAUUGUUUGCCUAGACACUGACAUAUGUAUAUUUUUUUCACCCCAACAGUCUUUGAGAUUCAGGUUUCUUUUGAAGAAUGACCUAGUAAUGAACCAACACGUCUAACCAUAGAGUGCAACAAAACAAGCUGACACGUUUUAAAGCGCAGCAAGCUUCAGACUUAAGAGUGCCUAAGAAAUUAUUUCACCACUUAAGCUCGAAGUGGGGAACAACAGCAACAUGGCAAAACUGCAUCACCUGUGUUUGCUUCUUUUGUUGGCAGGCCACGUACCAGCCCUGACAGCAACCCCAGAGGGACUGAGGGUUAGACAGUAUCCUCCUUCUGUCAGUGUGAUGCGGGGUGAAACGGCAACCCUAUCCUGUCAUUUCAAAGUUGAAUCCCUCAAGUAUGGGGUUCAGUGGUUCAAAAUGAAGUCAGAAAAACAGCUCAUCCCAAAGUCAUCCAGGCAGUUUGUUGUGGAGAAGAAUCAGACUUCUUCCCUGGUGAUCACUGAGGUAGCACUGGAGGAUUCUGGGUGGUAUUACUGUGAGGUCAACGUCCUGCAGAAAGACCCAGAGUGGGGCAACGGGACCGAGCUGCUCAUCUUGGCACCACCUUCUGCUCCUAAGAUUUACCUCCAGAUUCCCCCGGACCCACAGACUGGUCAGUGGGCUCUCUUCUGUCUCACUGGGGGAUACCACCCCAGCAAGCUCACCCUCACCUGGACCUACCAGAGCGCAGCAGCCAAUAUUGAUCACCUGUCAGUCACCAAUUGCACCCUUCCUGCGAUCAACCCUCAUGGUAACCUUUCAGAACAUCCUGCUGACGGAGCCCAAUUGUCCUCAGAUUGGUUGGUGAACUCCAUGCCUGCGAGCCACCCAAAGUGUUUCCAGGUGAUGGACAGCAACAGCCAGGAAGUGUUUCUCUUCAGUGUGUUUUUCCUCCCACAUAGGGAGUCCUUGGAAACAGGGAUCACCUUCACUUGUGGGGUGCAGGACCACCCUGCCAUGACCACUGCUCUGACUGCGUCCUUCACUUGGGAUGCCUACCCUAACGAGCUGAUCGCACACUUGAACAUUGUCAAGCUGUGUUUCCUCUCUGCAAUGACCGUGGUCUUUUUAUUGGAAGCAAUCAAACAUUUCUGCGUGCAGGGAGAAUGAUGUCUGCCAUG